AUGUUGCCAGCGUUAUCGAGCAAUAGUGCACAUCAACUACAUUUGGAUAACAACAACAGCGCAUCACAUCAACAGCAGCAACAACAAGCAUUGGAGCACUCUCAACAGCAGCAGCAACAGCAACGCUCCAACAAACGCAGCGCCAGCAUGAUAUUUCGCAUCGAACACCUGCUGCCAAGCACCAGUCGCGGACCACCACCCAAUGUACCUACUUCAAGCGAACAUCUAAUGAGUGAUCGACAGUCACCGACAUACACGAUAUCCACUGGCGCUACCAGCAGCACUUCCACCACAACUACCGCCAAGCGUGCCAAGCAACGAGCUACUUGUAACGGUGUGCUCCUGUCACUAUUCACGCCGAAGGAUACGUUAUCCGAGGCCAUACCAACAUAUGCGCUGAUGAGCGCUGGUAACAUGACGGGCAGUGAGCAGCCCGUUAUGGCAUAUUGCACGCUCUCUGAAGGUGUGUUGCGCAUGAGUCCGGAACUCUUGCGACGCAUAAAGCUCUCGGAGGACAUACAUAGUUAUAAUGCGCUGUUCGAAUUGCAACCGGGUGGUGCGGUGCAUGUGCGUACCGUGCGCGAUGUGGCGCGUGAUGAGGAACUCGUGGCGUGGUUUGGCGAAGAGAUUGCUCUGCUGAUGUCCAUACCAUUUCUGACGCCGCUAAAUAUUCAAGGCAAUAAACGCUACACUUGUCAUCUCUGUCAACUAACUUUUGAAACACCCAAUCCGUUAAAGAUUCAUUUGGCUCUCGGCUGCGGUCGCCACUCCAUGGACAUACUCUGGAUACGCUUACACUACGCGCUGAAAGCAACUAGCUAUACACAACAUCAUCGACAGUUAUUCGCAACCUCGACGACACUAAGUGCAACCCAAACGCCGCUCUUAAAGCACUCGCCAAGUGCCGCUCCUUCGAGCACUUCGUCAAUCUCACCCGCGUCAUCGCCACAACCCGCAUCGCUGGCACAGCCAACCACAGCGCAGGCCCAGCCACAACAUCAACCACAAGUACAACGUUUGUCUGCCUUUAAACCCGUCCCUCCAUCCAUAGCAUUCACCGCCGCCGUAUCGACGAGCUCCUUUAGCAACCCACACUCACACACCAGCACUGCUGUGAGCCCCAGCACAGCACUGUCGUACCUGCCACCGAUCGCCUCUGUUGGUGGUACUUUGUCCCAUAUGCGCCUACUACAGCCGAGUAGCAGUAUAGGCAUGGGCCCCACAAAUUCUCUAAAUGCUGCUGCACAAAUCGAAGCGAUCGUUAGCAAUAUGGGCGCCUCGAAACAGGGUCAUCUCUGCAUCUACUGCGGCAAAGUAUAUUCUCGGAAGUAUGGUCUGAAAAUUCAUAUUCGCACACAUACAGGCUUCAAGCCGCUCAAGUGUAAGUUCUGUCUGCGCCCCUUCGGUGAUCCAAGUAACUUGAAUAAACACGUUCGCUUACAUCUGCAAUCCAACGUAAGCAAUGCGCCAGUUGAGGGGUACAAAUGCACGCUGUGCAACAAAACAUUGGCAAGAAGGCGCGAUCUCCAGCGUCAUAUUGAAUCGCGGCACUCCGGCGAUGGGGGCAGCUCCUGA